GACGUGAUGACGUCACGAGAGACGCGACCGUGACGCCGGCGACAUGCAAGCGGGGGUCACGUGCUCCUCCGGCGUCCUGCUGCUGGAGGCCUUCUACGGGGGUUCUCACCGCCAGCUGACGGACCUGCUGAGCGCCCAGCUGGACUCCUGUUGCGUCUUCACGCUGCCCGCCAAGAAGUGGCACUGGAGGGCCCGGACCUCGGCGCUCUACUUCAGCCAGAGUGUCCCGCCCUGCCCCGCCUACAGGGUUCUGUUCUGCAGUUCGGUUCUGAACCUGUGCGAGCUGGUGGCUCUGAGGCCUGACCUGGCCCGCCUCAAAAAGAUUCUGUACUUCCACGAGAACCAGCUGGCGUAUCCGGUCCGCAAAGACCAGGACCGGGACUUCCAGUACGGCUACAACCAGGUUCUGUCAUGCCUGGUGGCGGACGUGGUGGUCUUCAAUUCCGCCUACAACAUGGACUCCUUCCUGUCCGCCAUCCCCUCCUUCCUCAAGAAGAUGCCGGACCACCGGCCCAAAGGUUUGGCCCAGCUGAUCCGGCCCAAAUGCCAGGUGCUUCACUUCCCGCUCCACUUGGCCGACGUCAGCGGGCUGCUGCCCAGACACAAAGUCCUCCGUGGAGCCCCCCUGCUGCCUCACGCCCAUGACACGGCCGCACCACACACCUCAGAGAGGGCUGCGCCACCUCCUCAGCAGUGCGGUCCAGAGAGCCUAGAAGGUUCUCCUGUUGGGCCGCUGCACAUCGUCUGGCCUCACAGGUGGGAGCAUGACAAGAAUCCUGAGAUGUUCUUCAGCACCAUGUUGAAGCUGAAAGAAGAAGGUCUCCACUUCCUGUUGUCUGUGCUGGGAGAAACAUUCACUGAUGUGCCAGAGGUCUUUGUCCAGUCCAGACCUUUACUGGAGCCACACAUCGUCCACUGGGGCUUCCUGUCCUCCAAAGAAGACUACAUCAGGGUCCUGUGCCAGGCUGACGUGGUGGUCUCCACCGCCGCCCACGAGUUCUUUGGCGUCGCCAUGUUGGAGGCGGUCCACUGCGGGUGUUACCCUCUGUGUCCCAACGCUUUGGUCUACCCCGAAAUAUUCCCAGCAGAGUACCUGUACUCCACGCCCCAGCAGCUUCACAAGAGACUGCGAGCGCUCUGCAAGAAGCCCCAAGUGGCGCGCACACACCUGGUGCAGGUGGACACCUGCUCGUUCUCCUGGGACUUCCUCAAGGAACGUUUCCAAAGUCUGUUGACCCCGUGACCUUCUCUUCCACCUGUGUCAGGUGACAAUAAAGCACCGGCCGGCCUCCGACGGGAGGCUGCCACCCUGGCUCGGAAGGCACAAAAAUAUGACUGGCACAUCUUGCACAACACCACAGUAACACCAGCACCUCCAAGCAGACUCAAGACCCGAAACCCCUACAACAAGGCAGCACAAGAGAUGCUCAACUGCACCUCUGAGGACAUCUCCAGAGGUGCAUGGUUGGCAGCAGCUUGGAAGCAGGAGUGGGAGUCGGCUGGGCCCUCCCGAGUCCACCGCUACAUGUGGGACCCAGGAGAUGGCGCCAUCGGAGGAGACGACCUACCACGCCGGCAAUGGACCACGCUGAACCGUCUACGGACUGGGGUCGGUCGCUUUGGGUCAUCAAUGAAGAGGUGGGGCUUGGCGGACAGUGCGGCAUGCGAGUGCGGUGACCCUCAUCAGACCGCCGACCAUAUAAUCAACAUCUGCCUCUUAUAUGGACCACCCUCGGAAGCCAGCCUCUUCCACCUCGGACCAGAGACGCGACACCGAGUUGGACAUCUGACGUUUCACGAAAGAAGAAGAAUAUCUCCUUCUAUAUCAGUUCUACUUUGUACCCCUCUUAAAUAAAUGAAGGCUGUAAAAACACUUCAAGGAGGAAACACUUUUGGUUGAUUUGGUCAUCCUUUAUUUUAAUGAUGCAAAGAUUAAUUAGCAAGUUAGCUGUUCUCUAAUUACAUAGAGUAGAUCCCGUCACCAUGCUACUACAACAUGUUAGCAACCAGAGAGUCAUAGCUAAAGACAUUCUCCUCAGGACCAUGUCUGGAAUCAUUCUGAAGAUCCACACCAUGGAAACAAACUGAGAAGACAAGCAGAACCACUAUCAGGUGAUCAGACCAGAUUGGUCACAUGUCAUCAGCACAGGUGUUUCUUACCUAAAUAGUCCAGGACAUGCUAAUGAGGGCGGGGUUUUCAUCAACAUAUUCAGACCUGGCAGACCUGCGUCGUCUCUUAUUUGGAACCCAGCCUCCACCACAACUCUUGAGACAAAGUUCAAGACAAAGUCAUUUGAUUCAUCAACAUGUUUUCACACUGAAGAUGUUCUCACUGCAUGUCUGUACUAUUCAAGAAGCAGGCAUACCGGCUGGCAGUCUCCGUUCUGGUUAGGACACAGUACAACGCUGCAGUGCACGUAGAUCUCGUUGCCGCUUUCAACAAAGUGGAACAUGUGGAAGGAGAAGUCGCUCGACGUUGUCUGUCCAUUAAUCCCCACCUUGACCAGCCGGCUGGACUGGGAACAGCUACUCACAAACAUAAACCUCCGAGUUACAAGUUCCAUCCCUGCUUCAGUCUCAGAGCAAACUGAAAACGUUGAACUUGGAACAUUGGUGACUGAUAAAGGUCAAAGCAACAAUGACGUGAGCUUCUCACCCAUCAGAGAUCAGGUCGAAUCGCAGACCAUCAUCAGGCGAUGGCCCGUCGGUGGCCCAGCAGGAGUUGGUCACCAAGGAGACCAGGUUGCCAUCCAGGCCCUCUGUCAUCAUCUCCACAAAGAUGCUCUGAUUCAGCUGAAUGGCCACGUUCGGCUGCAACAUAUAUUUGUGUGCUGAGUCCUUGUAGGCGGUCAUGUUUAGCGUGUAGUUCCACAAUCCAGACACCAUCUGCUUCAUCACCGAACUGUAACACAGCACACCUAGCAUCAAUGCACAUGCAUAACGUAAAGCAUGACAGGUCUCGGAGGAAUGCGACCUACGACCAGUUCUCACUGUCGAUGGGCAUUAACUUGCAUCCCUUCAAGAGACUCAAAGUGCGUUCACACCUCAUUUUCACCUCAACAGGAGCAACUGAGAGUUCAGCACAGUA